AUGUUGCUAUCAUCAGUGACACGAGAAAAACGUCUAGAAGAAGAGAAGCAACUUGAUUACUCAUUAAAAGCAGCAAAAAGGUUCGAUGUGUUGGCAUUAGCUAUUAGUAAAGAAAAGAGCGCAACAAGAAGACUUAUGGAAAGGUUUCAAGAUCAAGUCGAACGCAAGGUAAUGAACUUCGUGAAUAAAACAAAUCAGAGCAUAGUUGGCAUUGAUAAAAAGGGAACAGAAGUGAAAGAAACCGUGCAGCAGUACUCUUACAACAUCUCCAGUCUUGAACAGACGCUGAACAACAUCCAAAAGACAGUUUCAGAUCUGUAUGGCGGGUUUGGGGAGAUCAAAGAUGCAAUUUCGAAGAUCGAAAAUGAGCUGAUCAAAUUAAAAAAAUUAAUGAAAAUGAGUUCUGCUGUGCUACAAUGUCAAGAGCUUGGCGGAGAGCUUGCCGAAGCAGACACUGUAGCGGAGAUGAAUUACUUGCUCGGUUUUACAGAUAGUUCUGCUUGGAUUGGUGCUUCAAACAGAGACGAAGAAGGCAAGUUUGUAUGGAGAAGCUCAAAUAUGCCGUUAUGGUAUCUACCAUGGAAGCAUAUACAGCCGAACAACUGGGGAGGAAACCAGGAUUGUUUAAUUAUUUGGGACUCGAACGAUGAACCAUGUCAGAAUAGCUAUUCUUUUAUUUGCGAAAAAUAA